AUGGUUUGUGCACUGGCCACCCUGGGAACGAGACUGAAGGAGAAAAACCUUACAAGAGUGACCAGUGUGACUAUGCGGCAGCAUGGAAGUCCCAUUUGGACAAGCAUCUGACCAAACACACCGGUGAGAAACCUUACAUGUGUGGGGAGUGUGGGUACAGGGCAGCUUACAAGUCCGACUUAUCCAGACAUAUGAGAACUCAUACCGGAGAAAAACCCUACAAGUGUGACCAGUGUGACUAUUCUGCUGCAGAAAAAUGCGCUUUGGUCCGACAUGUUACAAAACACACCGGUGAGAAACCCUACAUGUGUGGGGAGUGUGGGUAUAGGACAACUCAGAAACAUAACUUAUUAAGACAUAUGAGAACUCAUACUGGUGAAAAACCCUACAAGUGUGACCAGUGCGACUAUUCUGCUGCAGAGAAAUCCACUUUGGAUGACCACAUGACAAAACACACUGGUCAAAAGCCCUACAUGUGUGGGGAGUGUGGGUACAGGACAGCUCUAAGGGCUAACUUAUCCCGACAUAUGAAGACCCAUACGGGGGGAAAACUCUUCAAGUGUGACCAAUGUAACUAUUCUGCAGCACGAAAAUCUGACUUAUCCUUUCAUGUGAAGCGUCAUACAGGAGAGAAACUCUACAUGUGUGACCAUUGUGACUAUUCUACUACACAAAAAUCCAGUUUGGACACACAGAAAUCCUCUUUGGACCAGCAUCUAGCAAGACACAGUGGUGACAAACCCUACAUGUGUGGGGAGUCUCGCAGCUCGCAUUUAUCCCGACACAAGAGAACUCAUACAGAAGAGAAACCCUACAUGUGUGGGGAGUGUGGAUACAGAACAGAUCGGAAGUCCAACUUAUCCAGACAUAUGAAAACUCAUUCAGGUGAAAAGAGAAACCCUACAUGUGUGACCAGUGACAGGGCAGCUGGAAAGAAUGAGCAGUCCGAACAGAUCAAAACUCACACCGCAUAA